AUGUCCUGGGGACAACCGGCUCAGAAUAUACUUGUAAUCGGUGCAACAGGCGUAAUCGGGACUUAUAUCACACGAGCGAUUGUCGAUGCACAGCACCAUUUCAACCGGAUAUGCGUCCUGACCAGCGAGAAGACACUGCUCGAGAAAGUGCAGGAUAUCUGCGCACUGGAAUCAUGGGGAGUGGAGGUAUUUGUAGGGAACCUGGACGAUGAGCACAGGGUGAAAGAGGCAUAUCGAGGCAUCGAUACAGUAGUAUCGUGUGUUGGUCGCAAGGGUGUUGAGAAGCAGAUCCCACUUAUCACCUGGGCCGAAGAAGCUGGCGUCCGACGAUUCUACCCAUCCGAAUUUGGGACAGAUAUCGAGUAUUGGCCAGAGUCAGUGCACGAGCCACCACAUCUUGCGAAGCUCAAAGUGCGAGCACAUAUGCAAUCGAUGAAGAAGCUAGAAUACACAUAUCUGGUGACCGGGCCCUACAGUGAUCUAUACUUCGGCCCAAUGAAGGGCAGGCCUGAAUUGGGCAGUUUCGAUGUUUCCCUGAAGCGGGCAGUCUUGCUUGGGGACGGAGAAGGCCCGGUCAGCUUCACUGCCAUGAUUGACGUGGGGAAAUUUCUUGUCGCCUCGCUACUGAACGGGCGUGCCUCUCGCAACACGACCCUUAUCGUGCAUUCAUUUACCGCCACGCCCCACGAGAUCCUGGCCGAGUAUGAGGAGCAGACUGGCUGCACGUGGGAGCGAUCAUAUACAUCAAUUGAGCGCUUAAAAGAGAUGGAGAAGGAGGAGUAUCAGAUCUACUCGCCACUUGCGCUUGUGGCGACAUUGCGGCGAAUAUGGACUGCUGGGGGCACGCUUUACAAAUUUUACGACGACAGCAUAUUGGAAUGCAUAGACCCGGAGAAUCUCUACAGCCAGGUCACUGCAAACAUCGCAAAGCAGGAAGACGGAGAGCAUCCCUUCCCGAGCUUAUUACGGAAACUCAGCUUGCAGUGA